CUGCUUUUCUUUUGCCUCGAGUUGAGUCUUCAGCGGCUUCACAGGGGAAUUAAAUCAGUGUUUGGCAGGCCUACAGGUGGAUGAAGAUACUUGGGGCCAGUGAUGGAGGCCUGGCCAACAGUGGCCUGGAUCCUUUUCCUGACAACCAUCUGUGACCAGUUGAAAACCAUUCAGUCACGGGAUUUCACCAUGAAGGAUAUCGUGCUGCUGCAUCCCUCUACCACUCCUCACCCCGGUGGCUUUAAAUGCUUCACGUGUCAAGACGCUGCAGAUAACUACGAGUGCAACCGCUGGGCCCCAGAUGUGUACUGUCCAAAAGAUACCAGAUACUGCUACACACUCCACAUGAUGGAUAAGCAUGGAGACAGCGUGUCCGUGAGCAAGCGCUGCGCCACCCUGGAGAACUGUCGCUUCACCGGCUGCAUGGAGCUCACUGAUAACGGUUACCAGCAGGUGUGCACGUCCUGCUGCGAGGGGAACAUCUGCAACGUGCUGGUGCCCAGAAAUAACAGCAGCGCCAUUUUCUCCUCCACCUCUCCUCUGGUCAGCUCGAGCAGGAGGCUUCGCCCUGCAGCGAUGCUUCUCUUCAUCAUCAUCAUGAUCAGCAGCUGCACAGCUGGAUAGGUUUCAUAGGAAAGCACACGAUGUACAGUAGUUUUUAACACGGUUUGUGUUUUUGCACGUGGUAGAAAUAAUAAUCAGAUUUGAUAUUAAAUUACUUUUUUUCCCUUAAUGAAUUUAUUUAUAACAAAUCUUUAACAUUUAAACACAAGUGUGUAUUUUUACACAGCUUUUGUACAUUAAACCGUUUGUGAAAUCCCACGUGUUGAGAAUUAUU